GAAGGGGCUUGCAGGCUAGCGCCGGCAUUGGACCCUGAGUGUUUGCAGUGGAUGCUUCUGUUUCACUCAUUGUCUCCUCAGCCAAUAGGACGCAAGGGUGGAGGUACGGCCGGGGAGGACGCCGCCGCAUGAGGAAGGUCCAUGCUCCUGCUGGGGGUCGAAGCUUUUUUUUGUAAGCGUUCUUUAAGUGUAUGAUGCCACCGUCCGUCGGGCCUUCACAGCCGUCAUGCCGCUCCCUGACGAUGAGCCCGCGUGCCCCCAGUUCCAGCCCAACAUCUUUGACCCCUCCCGCUGCCACGACUGCCUGCGCCAGAGACGCCUCCAUGACGGGGCAGGGGACCGUACGGAGGCGAAAGCCACCCCAAAGGCCAUCGGCGGGGCUAAAAUGGGGACGGGAAUGCUGACGCCGAUCCCGUCCCAGGCGGAGGACAGAGACACCAGCAGCAGCAAGGAGGAUUGGGAGCGUCUGUCUGUGGGGAGCAGCUACUGUGAUGUCAGCGGGGGCUGGCCGGGUCACGAGGAGAGGGCUCUGUGCAUCCUCAGCCCAGACUGUGAGCUCUACGUUUGUGACGGCGACGACGACAACAGCACCGACAGCUGUCUGGACCAGAGUGACUACCGAGAUCCAAGCGGCUCCGGGAGUGCAGAGGAUGAAUCCCUACCACUGAGAAUGACUCGACUUGACCCGGCCCCUCGCCGACCCACCCGUCACGCCUGGAUGGACGAGCCGCGGAGCAGAAACGACUCGAGCAGACGCUCAGGCUUGAAAGAAGACAAAGAGAAGCGUGAAAGUGGCUACUUCUCCCUGGGGAGGGCGGCUGGCAGCCAUUCCCUCCGUGAUAACAAGCCGCCCGAACCGUUCCGCCAUUUUGAGAGAGGGCACCCGGUGUUUAGUAGCAAAACCAUCGAGCCUAAAGAUACCAUCCCUUUCAGAAAUCCGAAUCUCGGUGUGGCGUCCGAGAGGCAAGUACCGGAGCUUUUGGAUAAGGAUCUACCCGUGGAGAUCCCUCCUCCUGAUCCCUACGACAUCGCUGUUGAGGUGGAAGCACAGGUCGGUCCUCGUUCGCCGAGCCCGACUCCAUUUAAGAUAGCCGAGUCGCUAGCCUCGACCGGUCGGAAGAGUUUUAUCAGUUCUUACGACAGAGGAAACGCUUCCCAUCAACAGCUCGGGCGAUUUGGUUCGCUACCGUCUCGCUCCUCUUCGCCCGCCCGCGGAAACUCUCCACUGAGGGGUGGGGACGUUUUUUCCCGUACCUUUGAUGGUACAGAUUCGGGAUCACGAGGCUCCUUACAACGGAUACAAUCUGGGACUCUGCCCAGAAACUUUCAGUCGUUGGCUGGUUCGGUCAAAUCCCAAUCCAGGACAGUCGCUGAUUUUAGGAGUGCCUUACGGAAAACAGACUUAAAUGGUCGAGGUCGCGAAAGCCGAAGUUCUUCUCCUGGCAGAACGUCGCUCCGCAAAACUGAAACCGGCAGCGGUUCUUUACUAAGACUCGACAGUCGUGCGAGCUCCCCGUCUCGGAGAACUUAUGAAAGUCGUUAUGACUCUCGUGGUUCUUCGCCGCCAAGAAGAGCUUAUAGUUCAUUCAGCCAAUCUGUUCUUCGGAAAUCGGAAUCGGUGACGUCACUGGAUGGACGAAGUCAUCAUGGACGCUGCGGGUCCCCGAUAAGAGAAGGUUACGAUAUUGAGAGUCAGGCUGUACUUCGAAACCUCGCAGCAGGAAAUGCACUUCACGGUCAAGACGACGAAAACUCGACUUGUUCUCCAACCAGACAUCAAUCGAGAUUUCAGAAGACUGAAUUCAAUACAGCCGGUCGCUGUCAAGAAGGUCCUGAACGAAGGUCCUUCAAAACUACUUCCGAGUAUCCGCUCAGAAAAAACGAUAGCAGUGCUUCGUUUAACGGUCGUCAAAGUCGAAACGCAUCUCCUUCAAGGAGAAGUUAUGAACCUCCCACUCAGUCUAUACUGCGCAGAUCCGAAGCGAGCGUUCGUGGCGGCCAUGACUCCUUAUCGAGCAAGCAACGCUACGGCGCUCCUCGCCAAACCGCAUUCGGUAAAAGCGAACUUAGCGACUCUCCAAAGAGAAGAAACGCUUCCCCGUCUGGAAACGCCACCAGUGACCCCCCGGGGUACUCCAUCCUCAGACGUGCCACCAAUGGAGAGGCCGGUCGUUUAAUGCACAGAAAAAACUUUGACUCAAAAUCGGACCUCAACCACUCGCCACGCUCAUGGCGCCAAUCGGCACCUUCUCCACGUAGCUCAUCCUUAUCUCGUUCUGCUUCUCCUGUCGGGAAGAACAACCCGACAGGCAUCAACUUCCAACCUCAGAGAAGCCCUGGGAGUACUCGAUCCCGCGUCAGGAGACGCAGUCUUGAAAACCGAUCCCCCGUUGACGCAGGACUUUGUCAUCGUGCUCGAAGCCCUUCGCCUUCACGUCAGAUCAAAGUGCAAAGUCAUACCUUCUCACAGAGCUCCGUGGAUUCCUCAGAGUCAGGCCGGCUCUCGGGGGGGUCCACGGGUAGAAACAAGGAAGAAUACGCCACCAUUGCCGACCUGCCGAAAGUAAAAAUGAUCCAUCAGAGGGAGGACCAGAAGCGUAUGGAGACGCCUCACAAUCGCCAGCGUUCCCGGAGACAGGAACUCUUCAAACCAGCCAGCCACUCCCUGAGCAAGCAUCCCUUCAGAGCGUGGGAGGACAACGGGGAGACCGACAAGGACCGCUGGUACGAUGGCGGCAGCGGGUAUCUGUCGCGGGCUCACUCCUCGACCUCAUUGCAGGUCUUGCAGUCCCACCGCGGAUGAGGGCGGUUUUUGGAAAGACCAG